CUCCGAGGUCAAAAUGUUUCAAACCCACAUACAAGUCCCUUCCGAUUAUCGCCCUUCCUGCUACUUUACGGUCGGACAAUUGUUACGCGAAAAUGCUUUUCUCGUUCGUUGACUAAAUUACAACACACGAUAACGCUCUCAUCAUUCUUACUCCAUCCAUUAGUAGGCCCUAUGGACCUCGCCGGUUCGGACCUCUGGAAGCUAACACACAACGGCAUUUGUUUUGGACCGAGGAUAAUAGCCGAACCACCACCCGCCCGCCGCUCCGUUUGUCCAAGUGUACGGAGUAGUUACUGGGUAUGUACUUCUUCAAUCAAUCGUCAAGGGGGACAGACGUCUCAAGAGGUGUGCAACGUAACUCAUGCGCUUGCUUGCUGUCGUGUCGAAUCUUCGAUCGUACACACACCCACCGGAACACUUCUCCGAGACCUUCCCUGUGUGCCUGCCUACUGCACAGUGCACACCUGCGAUCUACACAUUAUCAAUAUAGUUAUCGAACUCCUUAUUCCUCACCCCAUAAAUUACAAGUAGCUAGCAAGGUACCCAUUAAACCAUCCAUAUCUCCGUAUUCCCAAGUGACUACGCUCGGUUACUCCCUCCAAGAGGAAAAAAAAAACACCCAAACGCGGAGGUUAAAAAAACUCCCGAGUAACAAAAACGUCAGCCAAUGCUCUCCGCACUCCACACUUCGCACUCAUUCGCUAUGCGAACUGGCGAUCCCCCUCCUCCCUCGCUCUUAAGCAACAUGAACGUGACUAUCAUCCCCAUGGGAAUCAGCACCCCUCCCCCAUUCGUUUGCUUGCUUGCUUGCGGGU